AUGACAGAUCCCAAAGCAGUAGAAAUCAAAGAUUUCCAGAUUAUGAUUGCGAACCAAGACGAUGAUCAGAAACAGUUAGAGGAAACACCAAAGAAAGUUCCCAGAAAGGACCGUCACAAGAAGGUUAAUGGCAGAGGCAGAAGAAUAAGGAUGCCAGCUCUGUGCGCGGCUAGGGUUUUUCAGUUAACAAGAGAACUGGGUCACAAGUCCGACGGCGAGACCAUUCAGUGGCUUCUUCAACAAGCAGAACCGUCCAUCGUCGCCGCCACCGGUAGUGGCACAAUCCCGGCAUCGGAUCUAUCAGAAGUAGGGCCCUCUGUUUCUGAACAGAGAAGCUCUGUUUCAAGUGGUUUACAAGCAAAGGUUGAAUCUUUAGGGCCAAGCUGGACGAAGGUGAAUGGGAAUUUGGGAAGAACACAACAACCAGUCAUCCAUGGAGUUUGGCAAACUAUAACUGGAAUCAGUCCAGGGAUUGUACAAAACUGUGGUUAUUUGAGUUCAUGUUCUGGUUUUGACUUUGGUCGAAUGAACACAUCAGGUUUCAUGGAAGCACCAGAGCAUCAAGCUCCAGGUUUAGAACUGGGUCUGUCACAGGAUGGUAAUUUUAGGGUUUUAUCAUCGGAAGCCAUGGCCCAGUUUUACCAGCAGCAAUUAGGGCAAAGCCGUGAAGUUGCAGGGUCGUUGGAAGAAACCCAGAAGGAUCGUACUCACAGAUCAAAACAGUGA